GUGCGGUUGCGCGCGUUCGUGAACGCCGACCGCUAGACGUGUGUCGGUGAUAGGCGCGCGCACUCCCUCAGUCUACAACCAUGGCGGCGUUCGUGAGGCAUGGCGGAUUCAAAACAGGCCAAUUUCUAACCCGAAAAAACGUCCGUUUCUACGCGACGAAGGCGGAGAAGAGGAAGGGCAUCGACAGGAAAACGGGCCCGAGAAUGGAAUCGGCAAUGGAGUCUCUGGCUGCGAAAGGAUUUUUGCGUAGCCAAAAUGAAUACAAUCCCCCGCAAGAUUUGAACAAUAAACUGGAAACGAUUUUCACCACUAUCAUCGGUACUACAAAACCCGAAACAAAAAUCACAGACUUGAACAAACGAUUUCAAUUAUUCGCCGCGUGUUUCGACCAAUUCCGACACAGCAUUCCCAACUCGCAACUGCACUGUAUUGAAACUCUAAAAGACGUCGCCGAGUUUUAUGCUACCGCUAUUGAUGUUAGGACACCUCUGGAUAAAAUGAGGACGAUGCAUUUACCGGAAAAUCUUCACGUGCAGUUCGAAUAUCACCGAUUCCAUCCAGACACGGAUACGAAAUUUAAGGGACAAACAGCCUUCCCAAAGAGCUCAACAAUUGUUACGGGGUUGAAAUACAAGAACAAAUAUCCUGGACACAUUCAAGAGGGAUCAAUUCCUGAUAUCUAAUAUUUGUUAGUUGACUGUUUGAUAAAUAUUCGUUUUUUACAAAA